GUACAUGAAAUUCGUCAUAAUAAUGGUGCAUGUUAUAUCCCAUGUGGUUGGCAACAAUAUGACGGCGCUAAAAGUCCCUGAUAUGGAACUCUAUCCCUAUAAUCCAACUCCGCUGAGUCUUCCGCAUCAAGGCGAAAUACCCGGAGCAGUGGAUGUGGGUACUGUGAUAUACGUCACCGGGGUACCCUUCAAGGAUGUUACUAACACUGGAUUCUUCAUCAACCUUCAGUGCGGGCCGAAGAGCAGUGACAACACUAUUGGCUUCCACAUGAAUGCCCGUUUCGAAGAGAGGAUCAUCAUACGCAACUCGCGCAUCGGUCCCGAUUGGGGGAAGGAGGAGAGAAACGUACCUCGCUUCAUAUUCGCGCCCUCGACAGAGUUUCAGCUGAGAAUCCGAGUCCUGCAGGACAGGUAUUGCAUUGACGUCGGAGAGGAGUUAUUCGCUGAGUACACGCACAGGUUUAAGGAGCUCUCCGACAUAAAGACAAUAUACAUCGCAGGAGAAGUCGAUAUCCACAGACUGGUAAUCUCUAAGAACCUGAUGAAUUAAGAUCAGCAAGGAAACUCAAGGUGGUCCACGUAGAAUAUAAGAUGCUAGACACUAUAGUGCCCAGCCUGUUUGCUUUAUUGUUACGGAGUAAUGUGAUGCAGAUAGAGAUUCGAUGCGAGAAGUUAGCACUCAUUUAUUAUAACAUAACAACUAAUCAUAAAAGGCUGCAGGUUUAACGGGAAGAAAUAAAGUUCUAGCCGGUGACGUUGCGUUUUAAGAAAUAUAUACCCGGAUAGACAUUAAGCAAAUUGUGCAUUUGAUUAAAUAUACUUAUGCCAUAACAAUAAUAAAACUGUUCUAUCCUUCACACAUACGGCAGUAUACAAAUGCUAUAGAGUUGCUGUAUAUGAAUGCGAUAUAGAGUUAUGGUAUAUGAAUGCUAUAGCUGGGUUAUAGUACAUGAAGGCAUCAAGUACGUGCCUGAAUAACAUUAUCGUGUUAGGUGCACGCUGCUAGAGAUCGAGGCGCGUUACGCGUAUAUUUUAUCGUCAAGUUCACCCAUCUAGUGUAAACAAUAAUGCUUGUUUUUCCAUGUUAUAAAUUGUUUGCCCGAGAUAAUGCUAUCAGACAAGAAAAGUGAUGGGGUAGGUAUAAUAUGCAAUCACGAAGUGGAUCUACUUUCAGCCGCCCUUCUUAAAUGAUCGUAUAACGCAUAUCUGUGUAACUGGAGCAAAGGUUUUCGUGGGGAAGCGUGGCUUAUUUACUCGUUCUAGUUCUAACGGUCCGUCAUUUCCUCUCUAAGAAUAUCUCUACUAUAAUUUGCGCAGAACUGUGGGUAUUUUGCGAAAAGCUAAAACGUAUCUUGAGCAAAUUAAGGUGACUAGGUUUACUUCAUUACAAUUAGUUAUGGCAAAGUUUUGACAAAAUACAAAUUGUGAAAAUAAAAUGUUGGUUUUAUUCAAUCGCUACAUUAUAGACCUACUCCCAUUAAUUAUGCCGCUUCGUUCUAUGUAGCGAAACAGCUGCGACUUAUAUACAAUGCAACUCCAUCUCCUAAAGGAAUAUGGCUGCGCACAAUAGUAACUGUGCAAAUUGCCGACAAUUUUGUAUUUUAACUAGUUUCAAUCUUAUCAACUAUAAGCGUGUGGAGAUGUAUUUGGAGCUUAGUAAUUUCCUUUUACGUAAAGAAAAUUCAUUUUUAUACAAAUGUACAUUUAAUAAAAAGGUGUCAUGCAUGGCA